AUGACGGUGAUGGAGCUCAAGGCGCUACCGCUCGGUUUCCGGUUCCACCCCACCGACGAGGAGCUCGUCAGGCACUACCUCAAGGGGAAGAUCACGGGGCAGAUCAAGAACGAGGUCGAGGUGAUCCCGGAGAUCGACGUCUGCAAGUGCGAGCCGUGGGACCUCCCAGAUAAAGCUUUGAUCCGCUCGGAGGAUCCAGAGUGGUUCUUCUUUGCACCCAAGGACCGCAAGUACCCCAAUGGAAGCAGGUCAAACAGGGCGACGGAGGCUGGGUACUGGAAGGCGACAGGGAAGGACAGGGUCAUCAAGUCCAAGGGCGAGAAGAAGAAGCAGCAUAUGAUUGGCAUGAAGAAGACCCUUGUGUUCCACCGAGGACGUGCCCCGAAAGGGGAGCGCACUGGUUGGAUUAUGCACGAGUACCGCACCACCGAGCCAGAGUUUGAGUCUGGCGAGCAGGGUGGUUAUGUUCUCUACCGCCUAUUUCAAAAGCAAUUGGAGAAAACUGAGCGCUCCAUUCCAGAGGAAAUGGAUAGAAGUGGCUACUCUCCCACUCCAUCUCGUUCAACUCCUGACAACAUGGAAGCAAACGAGGAAGCUAUCACACUCAUAAAUAAGGAAUCUCCUGAAUCUGGUCUGCAUGGAUGUCCAAUUGAGUUGCCAGGUACAAUUGAUACUCCGGGCACACCGGUUACAAGGUGGCUUGCAGACCGAAAUGGCAAUUCGGGGAUAGAUGAAGCAAAUGUUUUAGGCAUGCCUUUUCAUGGUAAUGUCGAUGAAAGUCCCAAGGUGAGCAGAACUGUGUACCUCUAUAUCAUGCAUUAUUUAAGUGUACAGUCUCUCAAAGCUGAUAUGUCGGUUGGCUCUUUGGCUCACCUAAUUGAUUCACAGACGGAAAAUCUCGGGUCUCAUGAAUUUGCAACCGUUUCUGCCCCCAUGUUAUCGCAUGAGGAUUUGGACAAGCUUCUACUUCAGUUACCUCAUAAUUCAGUGGAAGAUUUCUUGAAUGAAACAAUUGCUGAUCCGGAUGAGCAUUCAUCAACUGCAUAUAAAGUUCAGUAUGAUGCAGACACUUGUUUUAUGCAGGCUCAGGGCGAGUUGCUAUAUGAUGGUCCAAACUGGUUCGGUAAUUUUCUGUCAGAUGACACAAAUCCACAACAAAGUGGAUUAUAUGAGAAUGCAGCAUUGCUUCCUUAUGGCACUAAUCCGGAUGUACUUUCCAUGGACUCCGGCGAUGAGUCCUUGCAAGAUUUGUUCAAUAGCAUGGACGAUUCAAGUGGGCAGAAUGAUGUAUGGAGCAACGGAUUUGGAUUUAAUCCCAUGCAUCAGCAGUUACAGUCUACUGUGCAUCCGAACUAUAUAUUUUCUCAACAGGGCAUUGCACCGAGGAGGCUUCGGCUACUGGAUUCAUUGUCUGAUGUCAAUGUUGAGAGUAGAGAGUGCAUGACCAGAGAUGAACAUGAAGGUGAAGAGUCAGAUAUUGUAACUUCGAAGUGUACGAGUGAAUCUGUUGAGUCAUCUGCAGAUGUAGAUGAUUCUGAGUCAACCGGGGUUACUAUUAUGACCCGGCGCCGUGCUCUAACUAGAAGUGUGCCUUCCGACUGUGAUGAUGCUCAAUCAACGGGGAUUACAAUUAUGGCCCGGCGCCCUGCUCCAAGUUCAAAUAUGCCUUCCGAUGAAGCUGAUGCUGAGGCAACAGGGAUUGAUAUUAUGAGCCGACACACAGCUCCAAGUUCAAGCACAGAUAGCUCAUUUAACACCGAACAAGGGACUGCAGUGCGAAGGUUACGGCUACAAUCGAACCUUGAUGCAGGAUCAUGUUCCAGUGUUGAUGGUUCGUCAAGUUGCAUUAUAGAACAUGGAAGUGAAAACGAAGGCCUGGAAGCUGAGAUUGAAGAGCAUGUGGACACAAACUUCCCUGAUGACGCUGGCAACAGUCAUGCUGAUGAGCAAAUGUACAUGCCUGAUCAUGAAGCUAAUUCUGGCAUGAGGCUGCGGAAGACGGCAGAGAAAAGCGACAAGGAGAGCAAGCAGGAGUGUGGUCUACAGUCACAUGUGAGAGCACCAAGGAAGAGGGGAGGCUUCGCAGCACGCAUGAUCUUGCCAGUUCUAUCGGUGGCUCUUCUCGUCCUUGUCAGCGUUGGGAUCUAUGGAUGGGCAUAA